AUGACAACGGAUGUACUUAGACUUAGAGGAGGUGGCAACUCCUCUGACGAAGACGAUGGCACAAACGGCAAGAAAAGUGGUGGCAUGGUCAUAGAGGCCUCCACCUCUCACAAACGAGGACCUCCGAGUCCCAUAGAUACUGGCAAAUCGAUAGAAAGAAAGACCACUGAGGCUGGGAAACUUUCGAAGCAGGUGAAUAGUCUCAUCGGAUGGCUGGAGCAUUUUGCCCAUUCCGAAAGAACUAAGAAACUAAAAGUGGCUGGGUAUGAAGGGAUCAUUGAAAGAACCAAGGCCCUAAGAGAUUUAUACACUGACUUGUGCAUGGAAGUUAUCAGACUGGGCAGUAGGUCCCAGCUGACCCAAGAACAGCUGAAAGCGAUGAUGAACACCAAUGGCGACUCGCUCUUAGAAAAUACGGUGGAAAUCCAGAGAUUGCAGGCCGAGAACGACGAAUUAAGGGCCGAAAUUCAGGCCAGGGAGGACGCCGACGAACUGGCUGAGGAACGGGUGGCUACGUCUGCCCCACCCCCUCCGGCUCGGACGAAACCAGCAACCUAUUCCGAAACUGCUAAGCGGGACCCUAAACCAGGCCAGCCCCAGACAAAGGGAGUUAAGAAUAACCCAAGAAAGAGCAAUAAAAAGACCCUCGAGAAGUGUCGAGAGGUCAAGACAGCCUCCAGGCUGACCAUCGAAGUUCCUAGCGGUGUGACGAUGGCAUCAGCCAAAGCGGAACUAUGGUCGAAAGUCAAAGGGAAGAUCAGUAACCCCAGGGCUAAGACUGUUAUAAAAGGUACUCAGAUAAUAAUACCUGAUGAUGGUAACACGUUUGAGGUGAUAAGCAACCUCCCGAAAGUCAGAAUAUCGGAACCUAGAAAACCGAGUCAUAAUAUACGACGUGGACUCAGAAGUGACGGAGGGAGAGAUUGUCGAUGGACUAAGAGACCAGAACCCUGA